CAAUACUUCCACGCGGGCGGCGUGGGCCUCAAGAAGACCUUCUUGGAGAAGAGCCCGGACCUGCAGUCGCUGCGCUAUGCCCUGUCCCUCUACACGCAGGCCACCGACCUGCUCAUUAAGACCUUCGUGCAGACGCAGGCUGCCCAGGGCUCCAACGUGGAAGACCCUGUGGGUGAAGUCUCCGUCCACGUUGAGCUCUUCACUCAUCCAGGAACCGGGGAACACAAGGUCACAGUGAAAGUGGUGGCUGCCAAUGACCUCAAGUGGCAGACUUCUGGCAUUUUCCGGCCGUUCAUUGAAGUCAACAUCAUCGGGCCCCAUCUCAGCGACAAGAAACGCAAGUUUGCAACCAAAUCCAAGAACAACAGCUGGGCCCCCAAGUACAACGAGAGCUUCCAGUUCACGCUGAGUGCGGAAGCGGGCCCAGAGUGUUACGAGCUGCAGGUGUGCGUCAAAGACUACUGCUUUGCGCGGGAGGACCGUACGGUGGGGCUGGCCGUGCUGCAGUUGCGUGAACUGGCCCAGCGCGGGAGCGCCGCCUGCUGGCUGCCCCUCGGCCGCCGCAUCCACAUGGACGACACGGGCCUCACGGUGCUGCGCAUCCUGUCGCAACGCAGUAACGACGAGGUAGCCAAGGAGUUCGUCAAGCUCAAGUCGGACACGCGCUCCGCCGAGGAGGGUGGUGCCACGCCUGCGUCCUAG